AUCCAAUCAGCGCCCUCGGGUGAAGCCAUCACCUCUGUCCGGUCAACACCACGCUAGUAGACACGUCCAUCCGGAUAAUACUCUUGGAAAUUCGUAGAAAUGUCGGCAGCAGCAACACCCUACGCCCCUGCAUCGGCGCGAGCCUCAGUCCCGCCCACAGGCGCAGCCACGCCAGCCCAUCCACCCCCGGCUUCCGCAACCGCACCGGCACCCCCUGCGCCCUCUGCCUUUGACGUCCUGCCCGACCUCCAUAAGCUGCUUAAGCGCAUCCUCGAGACAUCAGCUCAGCCGCCACCCGCUACUCCUACGCCAGCGCAGCUCUCGCCAGAUGGGCCCCUGGAAAUCCAGCAUGUUGCCACAGCUGCAAAUGAUGUCCGGCUGAAGAUACAAAAAGCGAGACGCGCCGUCUUGUCGUUGCCAGAUAUCGAUCGCUCGUUGCAGGAUCAGGAAGAAGAAAUUGAAGAUCUUGAGGAGCGGAUUGCUCAGCUCAAGGCUUCGCUGAGGGAGCUUGGUCAAUCAGCUGCUUCAGAGGAUCGAGACGGAGACCAGAGUAUGACUGGGUGAGAUGCCGCCGGGACCACGAUUGAUCCGUUCUAGGACCGAUGUCUGUCGAUUAUAUGGACGCGCUUGAUCUAGCACUUACCCAGAACUCGUAAUAUAGAAUAUCCCUUGUGAACAACGAGUGGUUCUCAAGAGGGCCUUGCGUUAGCUGAAAUCAGCGAGAAACAACCUCCAAGCUCUUGCAUAAUGCAUCUACGCGUUAAGCGUACCAGCAGUUGAUAUUCCUGUCAUGGCCUUAGGUGAAAGAUGACAAGUUUAAUUUAGACGCCCCCCGUGUACCAGGCGACUUGUUCUCCAUGAACUCAGUCCAUCUGCUUGGCGGAGGCUAU